CACCUUCCUCCACUUACCCAGCAUAUCCGGGGCACACGUCGCAAAGCGCGAUUUCUCAUCAGAACACCCCCUCCUUGUUGGAUGGACCAUCGGGAAUAACUUCUCAAAAAUCACCCGAAAAACCAGGUCCCACCAAAAUAGAAUCCACGAAACCGAUUCGAGAUGAUAAAAAUAUGCUCAUCGGCCCUACUGCAUCCUCAACCGGACAUGAUGUCACUGAUAGCGCAUCGUCCGGAAUUCCUCCAAAACGCAAAAUAGAAAUCCUGGACAACGUAUUGAUCAAGAAGUCCAAACAGGAACUAGAAGCAGAAAAACAAGAAAAACAUCAGCAACCCACAAUCGAAGCUGCUAGCGCACCAGUGCAAUCGCCAUUACCCACAACAACAUCCACUGCAAACGAUUCCAACAAAUCGUCCUUUCAAAUAUCAAAUAUAUUAGAAGAUAAACCCAGUAAAAGUGAGUCAUCGCCAUUGCAAGAACCUCCCACGACCCCAAUCGAAGCUGCUCCAGUUGAACGACAACAACAACAACAACAACCAGAUCCUCCAUCCGAAGAAAAGCAACCAUCAAGCCAGCAGCCUAUGGAAGAACCGGAUCCCCAGAUCGAAUCGGAAGAAAGCGAUCCCCUAGCGCUUCCAUCGAAAACGGAUGACCCCGACGAACCAUCCGCUCCGAAGCCCUCCUCUCCACCUCAACAGCAACAGCCAAUGGAUUUCGAUAUUUCUGAGAAGCUGAAAGAAAUGGGCGAGAUCAGUGUCAAACCGGUGUCUAAAUCGGACGCAACCAAUGCUAGUAAGGUGAAGGAUCUGGAAUGUACGGAGGAGAUUUCUUUGGAGAUCACCAAGAAGGAUGCCGCGAUGCGCAAGGUCACCAACAUGAGAAAAAACAUCAAAGAGGUGAUGGACGACAACCAGUUGGAUGCGUCGACAUUGGCCGCCCAGCGCCAAGAAUUGGAACGUUUGGCUAGGGUACAGGAGCAACAGCGAAUCAUCAGAGAAGUUCAAAGGCAGCUAGCUUUGGAACGACAAACCAAUAAGACCGAACAAAAAGUAAUGCAGUUCCUACAGGGUCACGCUUCUAUCCUCAAAACCCAACAACCGGGAACGUCAACACCAGUCAAGAUGGGUUACAUGAAAAAUCCAUUCGAAACGAGAGGACGUCCGCCGAAAGCCCGACCAAUUCAUGCUAAUUUAACACCAUCGGUCAGUAUCGCACCAGUGAAAUCGUCGGGAGCCACAUCCGCAUCAUCGUCUGGAUCUCUCUCGGGGCAGAUACCAUCAUUUCCAGCUAGAUCUUUCGACGACAUGAUGGACAGCGAUGAGGAUUUUGAUGAUGACGACGACGACGAUGAAGACAGUGAAGCUGAGUACAUACCAGCUCCCGAGAAGAAAGAAGUGGUGACAAUCGAUAGUUCUUCGGAUGAUGAUUGCAUAGUGCUGUCCGAUGACGAUGAAGAGCCAGAAGAUGAUUCAGACGACGAUCCCCACAAUAGCGGAAUGCACGUCAACGAUUCAUACAAUGUUCCGGACGACAAGGGCCGAGUGGUGAUCAACAUUGGCCAUACCGAAGGUGAAGAGGAUUUUCUGGCGCCGCAGAUUGCUCGGAUUAUCAAACCGCAUCAAAUCGGAGGAGUUCGGUUUCUAUUCGACAAUAUCAUAGAAUCAUUCGUGCGGUACGAUAAUAGUACUGGUUUUGGGUGCCUCUUGGCACAUUCAAUGGGGCUAGGAAAGACCCUUCAGCUGGUUUGCUUCUGUGAUAUAUUAAGGCAUACCAGCUCGAAAACGGUGCUUAUUAUAAUGCCGAUAAAUACGUUGCAGAAUUGGUUGAAUGAGUUCAACACGUGGCUACCGGAAGAUGGAGAAAAUAGUCCCUUGAAAAAUCAUGGAGAUGUGCGGUCCAGAAACUUCAAGAUUUUCAUUUUGAACGAUAGUCACAAAACUCUUAAAUCGAGAGCGAAGGUUGUUCUGGAGUGGGCUAAAAGUGGAGGAGUUUUGCUAAUAGGAUACGAAAUGUACAGACUAUUGAGCCAGAAAAAGAUGACCAAGAAGAAGAAGAAAAAGAAGAAUGAGCCAUCUCCAGCAGAGGAAGAGAAAGAAUCUACGGAGGAUCAGAAAAACAUGUUCGAUGAGAUACAUGAGGCGUUGGUGAAGCCGGGCCCGGACUUGGUGGUUUGUGACGAAGGUCAUCGCAUCAAGAAUUCUCACGCCGGAAUUUCGGUCGCAUUAAAGCAAAUUAAAUCCAAAAGAAGGAUUGUUCUCACGGGAUACCCCUUACAGAACAAUCUGCUAGAGUAUUGGUGCAUGGUGGAUUUCGUUCGUCCUAACUAUCUUGGAACGAAGACAGAAUUCAGCAAUAUGUUUGAAAGGCCCAUCCAGAAUGGUCAAUGUAUUGAUUCAACCCCACAGGAUAUUAAGCUGAUGCGUUACAGAGCUCAUGUCCUGCACUCAUUGCUGUUGGGUUUUGUCCAAAGGCGAUCUCAUGCAGUACUUCAGACUUCUCUACCACAGAAAGAAGAGUUUGUUUUGCUUAUCCGGAUGACUGAAUUCCAAAGGAAGUUGUACACGGUGUUCAUGAACGAAGUGGUGCGAACCAAAGCUGUACCAAACCCGUUGAAAGCUUUUGCAGUUUGUUGCAAAAUUUGGAACCACCCAGAUGUGUUGUACAACUUUUUGAAACAAAGCGAGCGUGACUUGGACUUGGAAAUCGAAGAAGCGGAACCUGCUCCAGUGAUUAAAGGUGGUAAAACUGUAGUUACUCCUCCACCUGAACCCCCAGCGCCAAAACCUGCACCAGUGAAAGAAAAGAAACCGGAAAAGGAGAAAAAGAAACCCGGUAAGAAACCAGCAGCUCCAAAACCCCCGAAACCGCUAGCUUUGAAAAAAGAUGGAACUCCUCGCAAACCUAGGACUACCAAGAAGCAACAGCAGGCUCUUAAGAGUCAACAAGCUGUUGGAAAAGAUGGAAAAUUGGUUCCUGCUGCAACAGUCAGUCCAAAUACGCUAAAUAAAGAUCCAAAUGCUCCUUCGGAAACGCCGUUUCAACCUCCUGCAACAACUCCGAUGGAUCCAGCAGCUGUUAAACAAGAGUUCCCCGCUCAAAAUAAUUAUCCCAAUCAGCAACUUCCGGCUCCUCAGCAGCAACAACCACAGCAAGAAAUGUAUCCUGGAUAUCAAAACCAAACAUACAAUCAGCAAGCUCCUCCACCAGCUUCUGCGCCAUAUAAUUACAAUCAACCCAACUACAAUCAAGAUCCAAACGCGUAUAACAAUUACAACAAUCAAUACAAUUCUAACGACCCUUACAAUAACAGCAACUACGGUAACAACUACUACGGUCGCAAUGAUUAUAACUACAACCAGGGCUACGGAUACGGUUAUGAUCAAAACUACCAGAAUAACUACAACAACCCUAAUAACUAUCAAAAUAACUAUUGGGGUAAUAACAAUUACUACCAGCAACAACAGCAGCAACCUCCGCAGAACAAUUCAUACAACAAUGGCUAUUACGGCAACACCAACCAGUAUGGUUAUCCAGAUCAACAACAACAACAACAGCAACAACCAGCAUACAACCAGUACGAGCAAAAAUGGGAUCCCAACCAAGCGCCAGCUCCCUCAAUGCCAGAUCCAAACCAAGGUGCUUAUCCGCCAAACCCUCAGGAUACUGUUGGUCCUCCUCUGCCAAUGGAUCCGGCACUAACGCAACAGCAGGCCAACGCCCAGUAUGCGGAUCAACCAUCGCUGGAAGACUUGAAAGAUCCAGUCAAACCGGUCGAGGACAAAGACGAAAAGCCUACCGAAAUAGUCGACAUGGACACGAAGAUCAUCACCAAGGUGGAAGAGGAUGUGAAGCCGCCGCAGGCGGCAGAGAUAAAAGAAGAAGUAAAAACGGAAAUCAAGCAAGAACCCGAAGAAGUAAAUGGAGUUGGGGAAAUGGUGGACGAAAAACCAGUUGUCGUGAAAACAGAGGUGAAAGAAGAAAUUAAAAGUGAAGAUGGAGUAAAAAUAGAAACAUCCGAAGCAGAAGUGAAGAAGGAAGUGGAAGAAAUUAUAAAGCAGGAGAAAAAAGAUGACAGUGAUGGUGAGAAAAAAGCCGAUAAAACGAAAGAGAUCAACGAAGAAAAGCUGAAAGAUGAACUGCUUAAAAUUGAGGAUGAGUUCAAGGGAAAGGAGUCGAAAGAUGGUGGAAAGGAUGGUAAGACGAAGGACAAGGAUAAGGACAAAGACAAAGACGAGAUUCCCUACGAAUGGGCUUUCGAGCUGAUGAAGGGAUAUGUGCCGGAUCUGUUGGAGAGUUCACCGAAGAUGGAAAUCUUCUUCUAUAUUCUGGAGGAGAGCAUCAAACUGGGCGACCGGAUGUUGGUCUUCAGCCAGAGCUUGCUAACAUUGAAUUUGAUCGAGCGGUUCCUACAGCGGAACAAAAUCCCCGGUACUGAAAACAACUGGGCUAAAAAUGCGAGCUACUACCGUUUGGACGGUUCGACGACCGCGCAGGAGCGCGAGAAGCUGAUCAACGAGUUCAACUCGAACCCGAACAUUCAUCUGUUCCUGGUGUCGACCCGCGCUGGUUCGUUGGGUAUCAACCUGGUCGGUGCAAAUCGGGUGGUAGUUUUCGACGCCAGCUGGAAUCCCUGCCACGACACGCAGGCCGUUUGUCGUGUUUACCGCUACGGGCAGAAGAAACCAUGCUUCGUCUAUCGCCUGGUGGUGGACAACUGUUUGGAGAAAAAGAUCUACGAUCGUCAGAUCAACAAGCAAGGUAUGAGUGACCGCAUCGUGGACGAGUGCAAUCCCGAUGCGCAUCUUUCGAUGAAGGAAGUGACCAGUUUGUGCUACGAUGAUGGUGAAGAUGGAGAGAUCAAGGACUUCAGUGAAGAUAAAGAUAAGUUUAUCGAUGUGGUUAUGCAGAAUUUGUUGGAUCUAUAUUCGAAGCAGCUUACAAAAUCGCCAUUUGCUCACGAAAGUUUGUUAAUCGAUCGAAAGGAAAAGAAGUUGUCUUCGGCGGAGAAGAGACAGGCUCAGCGGGGUUAUGAGCUUGAGAAACAAGCCGCUACGAAGCCAAGUUAUUCGUACACAUCGAUGGGAACGACGUACAGGGCAAUCCGAACCCCGGAUGGGUCAAUUAUUCAUCGGCCUGUUGCUUCGGUACGACCCAUGCAGGCUGGUGAUUCCGGGAAGAAUUCUCUUGGAGGCAGCAGACCGACCAGAUGGAUACCGGCUGAAGUUUGGCAACGACAGGGAAUGACAGCUCAGGAAAUGACUCUUCCUAUUGAUGUGGUGAUCCCAACUAGCUCUGCUGACAAAUCCAAUAUUGUUCUGAAGGCUGGGCAAAAGGUUAUGGUAUUGAAAUCACCCAAAGGCAUCUAUAUGCAAUUGGAAACUGGAAAAAUCAUUGCCAUAAGGACUGCUUUCAAGGUCGGUCAGGGUAAAGAUGCUAGCAAAGGAGGAGCUAGUGUAAUGGCAGGACGAAGGCCGAGUGCUGCAUCGACAGCGACAAAAGCUUCCCCUGGGGGUGCUUCAAAAGAGGAAGGAAAUUCGCUUAGCAUACCGUCCAACUCGGAUGACGAAGAUAAGUCCGAUUCCAGUAUUGUUCCUCUUGACCCUGAUGACAAGGACGGAAUGCACGUUGAUGAUUAUCCUGAGAAAGGGGAAAUCUUGGAUUGUGAGUUGAAGAGUGAUGAACUGGAAGAGGGUGAAAUAAGAGAUGGAUUGGUUGGUGGCAAGGGCGGUACUGUUUCUCUUUUGAACGUUGCUGCAUACACAAAUGUGUCGUCAGGAUCAUCUAAAGAUAAAAGCUCAAAAUUUCCGAUGAUUCAAUCGGCAUACUCACUAGCACCACAAGCCCAAGAUAGUCAUGGCAAAAAUUUCCAACAGACUGAUAGCCACUCUCAUGUUCCUAAACAAAAACGGCAGCAAACGCCACCUGCUACCGUUGCAAUAGAAAAUGAAAUAUCACCUUUGAGGGAGAAAGUCGUGUAUAAGCCAAACCUUGUAGAAAGGAAAUCUAAAGUCCCUCAAUCUUCCCUUAAAAAUUAUAGGCACAAGGCAGGCAAAGCUUCAGAAUCUGCAGCGAGUAAAACAAAUGCGACAAAGCAAAACACUCAUGCUGCACCUGCUGCAACGACGAAUCCUCAAAUGGAUCCUCAAGCAAUCAGUGAUGUUCCAUCCCCACAGAUACCGGCAUCACCGGCAGGUUCAGACCAUUCGCAGCCCUAUCCCCCAAUGGUUCCUCAGGUGCCGCCUACUCAGCAACAACUUCCUCAACAAACAGCAACCCAUCCCCAACACCAGCAUCAUUACCCACAAUCUUCCGCCUAUCCUCCUCAGCCUCAUCAGCAAUCACCGUAUGGCGUGCCAAACUCUUCUACUACAAACAGAAAGAGUCCUAUACUGCAUCAGCCGCAACACAUGCAUUCAUCUUCCUACGGAUCGCAUAAGCACCAACAACAAUCAUCACAACCAUCUACAUGGAAUCCUUAUACCAGUAAUAACUCUUCUAGCUACUACGGUCCACAACCCCAUGGUCCUCCCCACCGCCGCCAUCGCAGUAUGAAUCGAGUCUCAACUUCUUAGAAAAAACCACCUCUGCCAUAAUCAAUAACCAAAACCAGAGUGAGUUCCAAACUUCUCUUAGCAACAUAACACGUUCGCCAACGCCCACCGACAACUUCAUGGAAUUCCAACCUAAAGUUGCUCCCGCUGGGAAGAAAUCCGCAGCCAAAAAACCACCCAAGCAACCCAAAAACGACUACAACGCUGCCAAGAAGGCAUUGAACAAACGCAACAAU